GGUCAUUGUCCCGUCCGGGCUAUAUAACCGGGCUGAGGCCGGUCGUGUGCCAGGCUCACCGGCUCGCACGAGCUGAACCAGAGCAGAAAAGACGCAAAGAGACGCAAAGAGACGCGUGCCGCUCCGAGAACUUCCUCUCAGAACCGAUCAUGGACUCCGUCUACUCCGACAUCGACAGCAACAGCUGCGACUUCUUCCCGCACACCGACGACGAGGAUUCCCGCGGCGGCUCCCCGCUCUGCCCGCCGCCCGAGCAGCAGAAGAAGCGGCGCCGCGGCCGCGCCCGCAGCGAGGCCACCGUGCAGGUGGUGAAGAAGAACCGACGCCUGAAGGCCAACGACCGGGAGAGGAACCGCAUGCACAACCUGAACGACGCGCUGGACGCGCUGCGCGGCGUCCUUCCGGCUUUCCCGGACGAAACCAAACUCACCAAAAUAGAGACUCUGCGCUUUGCUCACAACUACAUCUGGGCUCUGUCGGAGACCAUCCGCAUCGCCGACCUGCAGGCGGGAAAGACCGGCGACGCUCCGCUGCUGCUGAGCCUGGGCGAGGCCCCGAGCCCCGGGAGCGACACCUGCUCCUGGAGCUCCAGCGGAUCCUCGUCCUCCUCGUCCCCGGCUUACUGCGCCUCCAGUCCGGGCAGCCCCGCGGCGCAGGAGGACUACAGCUACCUGCAGCAGGACGCUCUGUACGGCUUCCGCAGCUUCGUACCGGGCAUCUACUGACAGAGAACAGCCUGAACCCCGCCGGUCCACAGACUGUGCCAGCCGGACUGUGCUGGAAUAAGACUGAGAAUCACUGUUUGCCUUACUGAGCUCAUUUAUUCUCCUCUUCACGUGUCUCUGCUGACGGAUUGUAAAUGAGACUAACUUAAUUUGUUCUUUAAUUUAGUCCAUUUUGAUUUUGUAUAUUCCUCCAAAAACCUUUGCACUUUCCCCCUCCCUCCCUCCACUGAGUUCUUCUUUUUAUCUCGGAGGUGAAAAGUCAAUUUUACAAUUUGUAGAGCGCUAGAGCAGAAAAGAGAGCGUGGAAAUCGAGUUUGAACGCUGUGACCAGACAGUGAAAGGAGCUGCCCUCAUCCAUUAUGUAUUCUGCCCCCCUCCCCUCCCUCUUAGAUUAUUGUUGUUUUUAUUUAUUCCACUCGUUUGCUUUGGUCUCAUGAAAUGUUGUAUUUUGUACAUAAAGAGAUUUUUAUUCUAUUUACUUGGAAGUUUUGGUGCUGCAGCGACUUUUCUACAGAAUAAAGUUCUAACGUUUCUAUGAAGG